CAAAAACCCAGAAGAGGAAAACGGGAAGCAAAAAAAAAAAAAAAUCGUGUCAACUAUAGCUCACGCAAUCUUGAACCUCGCGUUACAAACACAGCUUGACAAAUAUUUUAGCCGUUAAAAAUGGGCUGCUUUUUCUCCAAGAAGUCGAAGCGAAAGUCUGUGGAAAAAGAGGAGCGGACGCCGACCACGACGACCGUGGAAACCACGACGACGAGCAACGCGGUUCCCCUUGGCAACAACAGCGACGAGGCGGCACCGAAGCAGUACAGCUGGGACAAGAGGGACAAGGUGGACCCCAAGGACUACAUGCUGACGGGCCUGAAGGACGUGACGGCCGGCCGUCUCCCCGGGAAACUGAACGGUCAGCAGUUUGUGAUCCAGGAGUGCGAGAACUGCGACAUCUUCGUGCUGGACCACUCGGCGGCGGUCACGGUGGACGACUGCGUCAACUGCCGCCUGGUGCUGGGCCCCGUCAAAGGCAGCGUCUUCUUCCGGGACUGCAAGGACAUCAAGUGCGUGGUGGCGUGCCAGCAGUUCCGCACGCGCGACUGCAAGAAGAUGGAGGUGUUCCUCUGCUGCGCCACGCAGCCCAUCAUCGAGUCCAGCACCGGCGUGCGGCUGGCCUGCUUCCAGUACUACUACCCUCAGCUGGCCGCCCACUUCAAGGACGCCGGUCUCAGCGUCUUCAACAACAACUGGAGCAACGUCCACGACUUCACGCCCGUCGCCGGCGAGACCAACUGGAGCCUGCUGCCGGAGAGCACCGCCGUGCUGGAGUCGGUGCCGGCCCCGGACUCGGGCUCGGAGUUUAAGUCCGUCCGGAUCCUGGCGGACGCGGCGCACAGCAUCGUGCCUCUGACCCGGGGCGCACGGCGCAAGGACAGCCAGGAGUCCUGCCUGUUUGUGUUCUUCGCCGGAGACUACGCCACCGCCAACGCUCGCAAGAUGAUUGACCUGGCCACUGCUGAAGGUUUCGUGCUGGUCCAGACUAAGGAAGUGUCGAUGCGGCCUGAAGACGUGAAGCGGGUGUUCCAGAAGCAGGCGGAGGAGCUGGUGCAGUGGACCAGCUCAGGUCCGGUCAUCGCCAUGGAGAUGAACGGUGAGGGCGUGGUGGAGGCCUGCAAGAAGCUGGCCAGCGAGGUCUUCAGCGGGACCAAGGUUUUUGUGUCGGAGGACAAGCACUCGUCUUGUCAGGACGUGGACAGCUUCUUCAACUUUGCUGACAUGCAGAUGGGCUUGUGAGUCCUGGUCCUGGUCCUGCUUGUAGUUCUUGAUGCUGCUGCUUUGACCUUUGACCGCUGAGGUCCACGGGUGUGACUCGGUGGUCCCUGCUGGAGGACUUUCAUGCCCAACUUGCUGUGGAUAUUUAUUCUGUGUUUGCUUGCGUCAAGUCUGCAUUUUGCUCAAAGGCUGCGGGCAGGCCUGCUGGGUUCUAAGAACUCUGUGCUGGUGCCAGUCCCUGGUCUAGUGCCAUGGUCCCAAUCAUCCAUCAAGACCCAGCGGGCAAGUUCAUUCUGGUGCCGUUCGCUUUACUCCGACUCAAUGUGAACCUUACCUUAAAAUGACUCAAUAGUGAUAUGAUUCAAUAUAUGAUUCAAUUUAUGAUAUGAUUCAAUAUAUGAUUCAAUAUAUAUGAUUCAAUUUAUUUGAUUCAAUAUAUAACUCAAUAUGUGAUAUGAUUCAAUAUGACUCAAUUUAGGAUUUGAUUCAAUAUAUGACUCAAUUAUAUGAUUCAAAAAAUGACUCAAUUUAUUAUAUGAUUCAAUAUAUGACUUAAUUUAUGAUUUGAUUCAAUAUAUGACUCAAUUAUAUGAUUCAAAAAAUGACUCAAUUUUGAUAUGAUUCAAUAUAUGACUCAAUUUAUGAUACGAUUCAAUAUGUAUGACUCAAUGUGUUAUAUGAUUCAAUAUGACUCACUUUAUAUGACUCAAUUUAUGAUUUGAUUCAAUAUAUGACUCAAUUACGAUUAUAAUUAAAUAUACAACUCAAUUAAUAUGAUUCAAUAUAUGAUUCAAUUUAUAUGAUUCAUUAUAUGACCCAAUUUAUAUGAUUAAAUUUUUAUGAUUCAAUAUAUGACUUAAUUUAUGAUUUGAUUCAAUAUAUGACUCAAUUAUAUGAUUCAAAAAAUGACUCAAUUUUGAUAUGAUUCAAUAUAUGACUCAAUUUAUAUGAUUCAAUAUAUGACUCAAUUUAGGAUACGAUUCAAUAUGUAUGACUCAAUGUGUUAUAUGAUUCAAUAUGACUCACUUUAUGAUAUGACUCAAUUUAGGAUUUGAUUCAAUAUAUGACUCAAUUACGAUUAUGAUUCAAUAUAUGACUAAAUUUAUGAUAUGAUUAAAUAUAUAACUCAAUUUAUAUGAUUCAAUAUAUGAUUCAAUUUAUACGAUUCAUUAUGUGACCCAAUUUAUAUGAUUACAUUUUUAUGAUUCAAUAUAUGACUCAAUUUUAUGAUAAGAUUCAAUAUAUAUGACUCAAUAUGUGAUAUGAUUCAAUAUAUGACUAUGAAAUGAUUCAAUAUAUGACUCAAUUCAUAGGAUUCAAAAUAUGACUCAAUUUAUGAUAUGAUUCAAUAUAUGAGUCAAUUCAUGAUAUGACUCAGUAGGGGAGUGAAUCUUUGGGCGCUGAACGUGUGAUCCGAUUCCGAUUCUUGUGGUGGAAACUCGAUUCAGAAUCGAUUCUCAAUUCAAACUGAUUCUCGAUUCAAAUCGAUUCUCCACUUAUACGGUUCUCCAUCCAAAUUGAUUCUAGAUUGAAACAAAUUCUCCAUUCAAAAGGAUUAUCGAUUCAAAUUGAUUCUCAAUUCAAAUCCAUUCUUGAUUCAAACCGGAUCUUGAUUCAAACCACUUCUCACAAUGUAUUAUUUGCUAUUUUAAUGUUCAUGAAACCUUUUCAAAACAGGUUUAAAGAGGUCCCUUUGGCCUAAAAACGUGGACUUAAAACAUGUUCACAUUUUUUUACAUUUUAAAUAGAUUUUAAAAAAAUUAUAAAUCGAUUUAUUUUCAUUUUCUUUAGCAUUCAUUUUGGUUUGGAAUAUGUGAGUUACAACAUGUAAUAUGUCGCAAAAGUUCUUUGAAAAUAUAUUUUAAAAACUUUUGGUGAAAUUUAAAAUGGCAAAUAAAACAAAAUAUGAAAACAACUUACAUAUUUGAGCCAGCAGUGGACAUUUCAGUUUGGGAUACUUGAGUUUCAUAGCAUAAAAAGUCACAAAUGUCCUUUUAAAGUAUAUUUUAGAAGUUGUUGGUGAAAUCUUAGAUUGUAAAUAUAACCAAAUAUUAAAAUGACCUACACAAUCAUCCAAAGAUAUGACAUUUUGGUUUAUAAUAUUUGAUUUACGUCACAUAAAAACUCACAAAAGUUCUUUAAAAGUAUAUUUUGGAAGCUUUCGGUGAAAUCUGAUAUGGUAAAUAUUGUGUAAUAUAAAAAUAACUCAUGUAUUCAACCCAACAUACGACAUUUUGGUCUAGAAUAUGUGAGUUACAUCAUGUAAUAUGUCACACAAGUUCUCUAAAAGUACAUUUUAGAAGCUUUAGUGAAAUCUAAGAUGGUAAAAAUAACUUACAAACCCCGUUUCCAUAUGAGUUGGGAAAUUGUGUUAGAUGUAAAAACAAAUGGAAUACAAUGAUUUGCAAAUCAUUUUCAAACCAUAUGCAGUUGAAUGCACUACAAAGACAACAUAUUUGAUGUUCAAUUUUUUUUUGCAAAUAAUAAUUAACUUAGAAUUUCAUGGCUGCAACACGUGCUAAAGUAGUUGGGAAAGGGCAUGUUCACCACUGUGUUACAUCACCUUUUCUUUUAACAACACUCAAUAAACCUUUGGGAACUGAGGAAACUAAUUGUUGAAGCUUUGAAAGUGGAAUUCUUUCCCAUUCUUGCUUGAUGUACAGUUUAAGUUGUUCAACAGUCCGGGGUCUUGUUGUCGUAUUUUACGCUUCAUAAUGUGCCACACAUUUUCCAUGGGAGACAUGUCUGGACUGCAGGCGGGCAAGGAAAGUACCCGCACUCUCUUACUACGAAGCCACGCUGUUGUAACACGUAGCUUGGCAUUGUCUUGCUGAAAUAAGCAGGGGCGUCCAUGAUAACGUUGCUUGGAUGACAACAUAUGUUGCUCCAAAACCUGUAUGGACCUUUCAGCAAUAAUGGUGCCUUCACAGAUGUGUAAGUUACCCAUGCCCUGGGCUCUAAUACACCCCCAUACCAUCACAGAUGCUGGCUAUUCAACUUUGCACCUAUAACAAUCCGGAUGGUUAUUUUCGUCUUUGUUCCGGAGGACACCACGUCCACAGUUUCCAAAUAUAAUUUGAAAUGUGGACUCGUCAGACCACAGAACACUUUUCCACUUUGCGUCAGUCCAUCUUAGAUGAGCUCGGGCCCAGUGAAGCCGGCGGCGUUCCUGGGUGUUGUUGAUAAAUGGCGUUCGCUUUGCAUAGUAGAGUUUUAACUUGCACUUACAGAUGUAGCGACCAACUGUAGUUACUGACAGUGGUUUUAUGAAGUGUUCCUGAGCCCAUGUGGUGAUAUCCUUUACAAUCUGAUGUCGAUUUUUGAUGCAGUAAUAUCAUCGCUUACGUGCAGUGAUUUCUCCAGAUUCUCUGAACCUUUUGAUGAUUUUACGGACCGUAGAUGGUAAAAUCCCUAAAUUCCUUGCAAUAGCUCGUUGAGAAAUGUUGUUCUAAAACUGUUCGACAAUUUGCUUACAAAGUGGUGACCCUCGCCCCAUCUUUGUUUGUGAAUUACUUAGCAUUUCAUGGAAGCUGCUUUUAUACCCAAUCAUGGCACCCAGCUGUUCCCAAUUAGCCUGCACACAUGUGGGAUGUUCCAAAUAAGUGUUUGAUGAGCAUUUUUCAACUUAAUAUUUUUUGCCACCUUUCCCAACUUCUUUGUCACGUGUUGCUUGCAUCAAAUUCUAAAGUUAAUGAUUAUUUGAAAAAAAAAAAAUGUUUAUCAGUUUGAACAUCAAAUAUGUUGUCUUUGUAGCAUAUUCAACUGAAUAUGGGUUGAAAAUGAUUUGCAUAUAAUUGUAUUUUGUUUAUAUUUACAUCUAACACAAUUUCCCAACUCAUGUGGAAAUGGGGUGUGUAAUAUAACAAUCAUUUACAUAUUUAACCCAGCGGACCACAUUUUGGUUUAUAAUAUUUGAGUUCCAUCGCGUAAAAAGUCACAAAAGUUAUUUAAAAGUAUUUUUUAAAAGCUUUUGGUAAAAUCUAAGAUGCCAAAUAUAACACAAUGUAAAAAUAACCUACACAGUCAACCCAGCAGACAACAUUUUGGUUUUGGAUAUUUGAGUUAGAAGAUGUAAUAAGUCACAAAAGUACUUUAAAAGUAUUUAUGACACACUUUUGAUGAAAUCCCAAAUAGAAAAAAUAACAAAAAAUGAAAAUAUCUUCCAUAUUUAAUCCAGCAGACGACACAUUUUGGUCUAGAAUGUAGAAAGAAAAUGUCACGUGACAGCUGUCCAAUCAGGUGACAUCUUAAGGUAAUCGCGUUCCUGGGUCACAUGACCAGAUUGGCGGUGUACGCCGACGGCACCAAAAUGUCGGAACAUCAAUUCCACUUCAAAGUCACUCUGUGAAACCUCAGGCUGAGAAGACGACUGAUGGGGAAAACUUUGUCCAAAAGGGCCGAAUGUGACUGAUGCACCUUUGCUGUUUGUUCUAGAAACACAAUCACAGACGUCAUGUGAUAAGACUUUUUUUUUAAUCGUUGAAUGUUUUUGUAUAGCGCCACCUAUUGAUGUGCAAUUUGUAGUAAACGUUUACUCUUUCUUGUC